AUGCAUUGCUCGAGAAGAGUUAGGGAAUUUGAAAGAAAACACGACGUACGGUUACGUCUCGGCAAACUCCCGAAAUAUCUAAAGGAAGCUUAUGAUCCCUCUUGGUGUCGAUUCGUGCUCAAGAAAGGAGCGAAUCAGAAAUUAGAAUUGGGGAAGUUCCAUGAAUUACUUCCAGUGUGCAAUAACGGUAGCAAGGGCGACUUUGGCUAUGACAUUGCUGAGUCUUGGAUGCUGAGGAUCACUGCCAGUUCUCACACUUACCUCUGGAGGGGUACUUUUAAAAUCAUUCCCCAUGGGCUAUUCAAAAAACUCAUCAUGCCUACGGCUCAAUCCACUCUUUCGUUACGCCGUGAAGUGUGGACGAAGUGGGUGUUGUCGAUGCCAUUAUACUUCUACUUGCAAGGGAGGACAGAUGUGAAUGACAUGCCUAUGGGGAGAAUCACCUUGCUAAAGGUGGCAGCUAGGCAGGGACACAAGGAGAUUCUGAAUUUGCAGUGCAGGGGUGACGCAGACGCGAACAAGAAGAUGGAGAAUACUGGUACCAAGUUGCUUUGCAAGAUUUUGGCUGGUGCGGACAUGAAGACAAAGGGGCAUGGUAGCGGAUUGUGUCGCGUGACAAUUGACGUGGAAUUGGAUAUAUUAUCAAGUUACUUAUCGACAAGAGCACUGAUAUGA